UGUCUUUGUUUUCAAUAGCCAAAUUAUAAUUUAGCUGCUGCAAUUUCACUUUAACUUACGUUUUAACCAAACUAUAAUGUCACAAGACAACAGUUCAGACGAUGAAACCGAUUUUAGAGCUGUAAAUAUAGCAAAUUACGAACGAAUUCAGAAAAAAGUAGCAAAGAUUAAUUAUGCAGACGGAAUUGCCGAUGGACGUGAACAGGUCUUUCAAUACAGCUUUGAUCAGGGCUAUGCCGAUGGGUUCAGAACUGGCUUAGAAUUGGCAAAGCUUCAGGCAUUUUAUGAUACACUGAAAGCGGCGAGUAUUGACGAAAACUUGGCAAAGGAAAAUGAAAACUUUCAACGGUUUAAACUGGCAAAACCGACAGAUAAGACUCACUUUAAAUACUUGGAACACCAAAGUGAACCACUCAGCGUAGUAUCCGAGAAACAAAAGGAGUAUGUUGAUGAUUUAUUGGAGCGCUGUGUCCAGAGCCUGAAAAUUACUACAAAUUUAUUCAAAGCGAAAUAGAAAUGAUUUAAGUGUUAACUUGGUUUAAUGUGUUUGUGAUUAGGAAUUAUAUAUUAUAACUGAAAA